UUGCAUCUGGCAACGCCUUUUUUUUAGUACGUCGUCAAUAAAAAGUUCAAUAAAUGCAAUAAAAGGCCAGCUGGGCGAGGAUCGGAACGAUUGAAAGCAGCCAACCGCAGAGGGGCCAGCAUCCGAGGCAGUGAAUCCGUGCAUCCGGCGGAGCGAAGGGAAAACACAGCCGCAGGACCCAAGAAGCGAGUUUCCAUCCGCACACGGACACGGCGCACACGCACACAGGCGCACGCAGCCCGUGCCCGUCGAUGAAAUAACAUACAUAACGAACGUAUACCGAAAAUACACAGGUUACGGGAAAUAGGGAAAUAGCAGUUGCACGAAUCGGCGGAAAAGCGAAGAAAGGGCCACACAAGAUGUCGGAUAUUAUGAACAUAGACAGCAUUAUCUCGCGGCUGCUGGAGGUGCGCGGCGCUCGACCGGGAAAGAAUGUGCAGCUGUCAGAGAGCGAGAUCCGCAGCCUGUGCCUCAAGUCCCGCGAGAUAUUCCUGUCGCAGCCCAUCCUCCUGGAACUGGAGGCCCCGCUGAAGAUCUGCGGCGACAUCCACGGACAAUACUACGACCUCUUGCGCCUGUUCGAGUACGGCGGCUUCCCGCCGGAGUCGAACUACCUGUUCCUGGGCGACUACGUCGAUCGCGGGAAGCAGUCCCUGGAGACGAUAUGCCUGCUGCUGGCCUACAAGAUCAAGUACUCGGAGAACUUCUUCUUGCUGCGCGGCAACCACGAGUGCGCCAGCAUCAACCGGAUUUACGGGUUCUAUGACGAGUGCAAACGUCGCUACACCAUCAAGCUGUGGAAAACGUUCACCGACUGCUUCAACUGCCUGCCGGUGGCCGCCAUUGUGGACGAGAAGAUCUUCUGCUGCCACGGCGGCCUGAGUCCGGAUCUGUCGUCCAUGGAGCAGAUCCGGCGCAUCAUGCGCCCCACAGACGUGCCCGAUCAGGGCCUGCUGUGCGAUCUGCUGUGGUCCGAUCCCGACAAGGACACCAUGGGCUGGGGUGAGAAUGAUCGCGGAGUGAGCUUCACAUUUGGAGCAGAGGUUGUGGGUAAAUUUUUACAGAAGCACGAAUUUGACCUGAUCUGUCGGGCUCAUCAGGUGGUGGAGGAUGGCUACGAGUUCUUCGCCAAACGUCAGCUGGUGACGCUCUUCUCGGCGCCCAACUAUUGCGGGGAGUUUGACAAUGCGGGUGCCAUGAUGUCCGUGGACGACACAUUGAUGUGCUCCUUCCAGAUAUUGAAACCCGCCGACAAGCGACGAUUUGUUUAUCCCAACUUUGGAAGCUCAGGACGUCCUUUGACACCGCCGCGUGGCGCCAACAAUAAAAACAAGAAAAAAUAAGCGCUGCUCCACACACGUCGAACAAAGCACAAAGCAACUACAAACGGCCACACACCCACAAAAAAAAAUAGGGAAAAUGGAAAGGAAGCUCCGUGUCCACAUUCAACGGAAGGCGAAGAAAGUUUGUUUUUAUCGAAUACGUGUAAUCGAAUCGUGAGCAACGUUAUAAGGGGUAUAUGAAUCUACACAAAUUAGCCUAUUUUUCAUUUGAGAAAAAACCAAAACAAAAA